AUGUAUCAGUCGGCCCUCCUGUCCAUACACACCUACAAGGGAUUCACAGGGCUAAGCAGUCGAUCUCCCUCUGGGCACGGAAGGGGGACGGAUAUUCCGACGCUGCACUUCAUGUCCAUGUACCUGGGGAUCGACCUGGAGGCGUCGCUCCCUCGGGGAUGGCCGUCGUCGAGGCCGUCGAGGCCGUCGAGGCCAAGGCGAGAUGGCAACGCCGGUUGCUACACUCCGCACAUCGGGCCUGGCGUAGCAGCCCAGUCGGCCUCCCCCCCUGAAAGCCUGACGCAGACGCUCAAGCCACAGCGGCGCCGUUGGAAACACCAGCCCUGCCCCCCUCCCCUGACCACAAUGGUCGUGGUUGGUCUUCCGGUCUUUUUUCGGGGCAAGGACUGGGGCUCCACUGGACCCAGCUGCACGCCCUCCUGA